CAAAAUCCUUUCAGGUUUCCAACUAUUUGUGUGCUUUUUGAAUUCAUCUGCAAAAGUAAAUGGCAGACAGCUCUCAAAGUCUGAGCUACCAAAUUGGAGAGGCUAAAGGCCAAGCACAGGAGAAGGCGAGUAAUUUGAUGGACAAGGCAAGUGAUGCAGCCCAAUCAACCAAGGAAUCAAUACAAGAGGCAGGACAACAGAUGCAAGCCAAAGCGCAAGGUGCAGUUGAUGCUGUCAAAGAUGCCACUGACACGAAGAAAUGAAGCUUUUCUAUUUACAUUUCCUAUUGUUUCUAUGAAAGGAUUUAAAUUAAGUUCUUGAUUAUCUAUUUUAUUGGUUUCUUAUUUCUUAC